AUGAAAUCUUUAUGUGUCUUAUUUGUAGCCAUCGGGCUAGCCUCAGCCUUCAAAAUCGGUCUUCAUCCUCUCUCAGAUGAAUACAUAGCAGAAAUUAACAGCAAACAGUCUACAUGGAGAGCAGGAAGAAACUUCGAAGUGGAUGAAUAUCCCUACGUAAAAGUCCUGGCAUCAGGUAUCAAAAAACCCAAUGGACUAUUGAAGCAAGUCAAAAAAAUAGUCCAUGACGAAAAUGAAGACAUUCCAGAAUCCUUCGAUGCUCGUGAAGCUUGGCCUAAGUGUGCCGAUGUUAUUGGUAUGAUCAGGGAUCAGUCUAGAUGUGGGUCAUGCUGGGCCUUUGCUGCUGCGGAAUCUAUGUCGGAUAGAAUUUGCAUCCACUCAAACGGCGAGAAAAAAACUAUAGUUUCCGCCCAAGAUUUGCUGACUUGUAGUUCGGCUGGAGGUUGCCGUGGUGGUAAUCCUUCCGAUGCCUGGGAAUAUUGGCACGAGCAAGGAAUUGUCUCUGGAGGACUUUACAACCGAACUGAUCAAGGUUGUAAAUCUUACUUUCUGCCAACUUGUGAUGAUCAUCCAACCCAAUGCACCGAGUACGUUGGUACUCCAGAAUGCGUAGAACAGUGCGAUGAUGCUUCUUUGACCUACAAAGAUCAAAAAACCUACGGAUUGGAAAAUUAUGAAGUUAGCGGAGAACAACAAAUGCAACUUGAAAUUUUGAAAAACGGACCUGUUGAAGCAACUAUGGAUGUUUUCAAUGACUUCCUUAAUUAUAAAAGUGGUGUCUACCAAGUUACCAACUCCCACUACUUAGGAACUCACGCAGUUAAAAUGCUAGGCUGGGGUGUAGAAAAUGGAGUCAAAUACUGGCUGAUGGCCAAUUCCUGGAACGAACGUUGGGGUGAAGCUGGAUAUUUCAAAAUUCUUAGAGGUCACAAUGAAGCAGGAAUUGAAUUAUGGGUUGACGCUGGACUACCCGAUUUAGGCAAGUUUUAA